CUUGGGGAAGCCAUCAACUGAUUAACGAACUACAACUCAUCGCCGACCAGCACUUCCGCCAUCUCAAUCGCCAGCAAGCAACGAUAUGUCUUCUUUCUUUGGACUUGGAAAGACUCGCACAUUCAAGCCAAGGAAGGACGUUCCUGAGGGCACCAAACAGUACCAGCUACGCAAGUAUGCAGAGGCGACUCUUGGAUCAGGCAACUUGCGACUGGCAGUACAGCUUCCCGAGGGCGAAGAUCUCAACGAAUGGUUGGCCGUGCAUGCGGUCGACUUCUUCAACCAUUUGAACAUGCUAUACGGAACAGUCACAGAGUUUUGUACGCCACAAGAGUGCCCGAUGAUGACCGCUGGUCCACGGUAUGAGUACCUCUGGGAAGACUCUGCCAAGUACAAGAGACCAGCAAAGCUGCCAGCCCCUGAAUAUGUAGACGCCCUGAUGAACUGGGCGCAAAACAUACUCGACGAUGAAACCGUCUUCCCCAACAGGAUCGGCGUUCCAUUCCCCAAGAAUUUCCGCGACACAGUUCGCACCAUAUUCCGACGGCUAUUCAGGAUCUACGCUCACAUUUACAGCAACCACUUUGACCAAAUAUGCGCGCUCGGAAUAGAAGCCCACCUGAACACCAGCUACAGACAUUUCUUCCUGUUUAUCCACGAGUUUGAUCUCGUUGACAAAAAGGAGCUAGCGCCCCUUGACGAGCUCAACGAUGCAAUUCUGGCAGAGGAUAAGGCUCGGUGAAUGGGACCAACUAGUACCUACAUCCUUCUGUACCUACGUGAACUGUCUAUUUGCCUCGUGUUGAUAUGAUACAGCGAACGAUUUCGUCGGUAUACCCAAGCGAAAAAUGGCUCGAGGUGAACACGACCAAGGAACUGCGUGUGUGGUUAUUAUGGAUAUGAUACAUCAGGAGGUGCUCGUGUUUAACUAACAGACGUAUGGGCAAAACUAAAAUGCAAGGAUAUGAGUACAUGUCGUGUUUGAUGAACUCUGGUGAGAAAAUAGGCUCAGCGCUCAACGAAAAUGGGGACACUUUUACGAAACUGCCCGUGAUGUAGAAAGGGCCAUUAUUGAGGUCGAAUGCGUGAUAUGGUAGUACAUCGUGAAUGCAGAAUAAUUGAAUGGGAAUGGAUAGUGCACGAUCGUCUAAAAACCUGCGAGUCCUUGUGCAUGUAUGGAGUCGAUCACAGAGAAUGGAGACGGCGCGGUAGGGAUUCAAAUUUGGAAUAUGUAGGU